AUGUGCUGGGAGUCUCGGCUGCGCCCCUCUGGCUUGGAGCUGGACAAGGUUGAGGGACUACGAGCGACAUCUCCGGGCAACCGAGAUAUUCGCAUCGCUUCCACCAUGUUGGCUGUGAUUUGCUUGUCCCUGCUAGUCGCAGCAUCCGCCGCCCCAGCUCCACAGAAGGUCCAGGAGUCCGAGCCUCAGGCCCGCUCGGCAGCCCAGGCCUUCGUCUUGGGAGGCGCCCAGGGUGCUCAACAGAUCCCCGCUGGUGCCCAGAUUGUGUACCUGCAGGGUUAUGGAGGACAGUACGCUUCAGCCCCGGCCCAGGGCCAACAGCUCGCCUACAUCCUAGCAUCCCCUCAGGCACAGGAAUACCAGUACACGACACAGCAGUUCACUCAACCUCAGCAAGUUCAGGUCAAGUUCAGCCAGCCCCAGCCCCAGGUGCAGCUUCAACAGGUGGAGUACAAAGCCCCUGAGAUCAAAACCAAGGUGUUCGCCGCCCCCGCCCCACCUGCACCACCCGCCCCCGUAGUCAAGCAGUACAACGUGCAUGAGAACCAGGUCCCCACAUGGGCCAUUAUCAGGCAAAGCCUGGACGACAACUUUGACGGCAGCUUCGCUUACGAUUUCGAGACGGAGAACGGUAUCGCCCUCCAAGCCACUGGUGGUGUCAAGCAGCUGAGUCCAAAGGAGCAGGCCCAGGUGAUCCAGGGGCAGUACUCCUACACCGCCCCUGAUGGUACAGUCAUCACCACCUCCUACACAGCUGACGAGAACGGCUUCGUAGCUCACGGAGACCAUCUGCCCCAGGCUCCUGCUGAACCCGAACUGCCACCGCUGAUAGCCAAGAGUCUGGCCUACAUCAGAAGUCUACCGCCUCAGCCUGAAUAUCAGCAGUAACCUAAAACUAUGACGGCACUUAACCAUUGUUCUGUUGUAAAUAUUUCUCAAGCAAUAAACGUAUGAAGCGUUGCAAA